UGAACAUCGACCAUAUCUGAGUAGACACUGAUUUGUGGACACAUUAGACUGGGAAUGUUCGCUCAUUUUAAACAACAGAAGGAGAAGAUUAACAAGAGAAGAAUGGCAAGUGAAGAAAUACGCCUUGCGAGACUGCGAAGGACGUUGCAUUCCUUAGCAACUCGAGUCCCAAAAGUAAUUCUGACACGAGUUGACUGGACAUUUCCUGCUUUGAGGAAUCAGUCUAGUAUUAAAUUAAAUGCAGCAAAUAUUGAAGCAACACACACUAAUAAGGAUUUUAAUGCCAAGGAACUUCGUCGUAAACAGGGAGCAGAAUUGUUAAACAGAGAAGAAAACUGCGAUUCUUGCGAGAUAUGUAAGAAGUCAUUGUCUCGUGGGAAAAAUUUAUUGGGACAUGCAUGUGGAAAUAACAGAGAAACACCGUGUCUUUCUGAAGUGAAUGUCACAUUGUUAACUCCUAAGCAUAAUGCAGUAGGACGAUCAAAUGGUCUCAGAGAAUCUUUUUGUUGCAAAGAUUGCAAGAAGAACUUCACUAGUCGCUCUAAUUUUCAUAACCAUACCAGAGUGCACACUGCAGAACGGCCAUUCUCUUGCGAAGUGUGUAAGAAAACGUUCGCCCAGCGUUCUAACCUAAACACACAUUUCAGAGUUCACAGUGGAGAAAGGCCGUUUUCGUGCAAAGUGUGUAUCAAAAUGUUCGCAAGCAGCACUAACCUAAACAAACAUUUAAGAAUUCACAGUGGAGAACGGCCUUUUUCGUGCAAAGUGUGUCAGAAUGCGUUCUCCCAGCGCUCUCACCUACACACACACUUCAGAGUUCACAGUGGAGAACGACCAUUUUCAUGCGAAGUGUGCAAGAAAACUUUCGCACAGCGCAUUCACCUAAACAAGCAUCUCAGGGUACACAGUGGAGAGCGACCAUUCUCGUGCGAUGCGUGUAAGAAACGGUUUACUGAGCUUUAUCACCUAAAUAUCCAUCUCAGAAUACAUAGUGGAGAAAGACCCUUUUCUUGCGAAGUGUGUGAGAAAACAUUCACUCAGCGAUCCAACAUGAAGACUCAUCUGAGGGUGCACAGUGGAGAACGACCAUUUUCAUGCGAAGUGUGCAAGAAAACUUUCGCACAGCGCAUUCACCUAAACAGGCAUCUCAGAAUACACACAGUGGAGAGCGACCGUUCGCGUGCCAUGUGUGUAAGAAACGGUACAUUGAGCUCCAUAACCUAGACAUACAUCUCAGAAUACACAGUGGAGAAAGGCCCUUUUCUUGCAAAGUGUGUAAGGAAACUUUCGCUAACAGAUAUAUCCUGAAGAAUCAUCUGAGGCUGCACAGUGGAAAACGGCAUUUCUCGUGUAAAUUGUGCAAGAAAAGGCUCAUUCACCGCUUCCUUCUGAAUAUGCAUCUCAAAUCACACAGUGCAGAACAAGCAUGAUCGUGAGAUAUGGAAGGGAAUGUUAACUCGUGGCGGAAAACUAACCAUCAUCGCAUGGAAUAACAUUAGGGAUAACCUUCUCGUUUAAUGUGUGCAAGAAAUCAUCCAUUCAAGGCGACAGUGAGAGACUAUAGAGACAUUUUUUAUUUUGCAUUUCUAUGAAAAUGUUUAUUGCAUAAACUGAAUUAUUGUGUUUAAAAUAACAUAUUUGCUUCAAGAAUUUACCUGGUUACAGAACCUGAACGUUUUACCGUGUGAUAUAUAUAGGGGCCAGAUUUUCACAAUUGUACCUUCAUAAUUUCCUUGAUUAAGACUCGUUUUAUUAACAUAUGCUCAUCCUUUCGUAUUAUUUUAAGUUGUAUUAAUCUCUUUGAAGUUUUGUUUUAUGGUAUUACAGGAAUAUUCACACAUCAGUCUUCUCUGUUCAUUGUAUGAAGAUGUGUUCAGUAUUUUGGUU